UUUCACAACAAUUAGGCGUUGUCGUGUCACAACAACAAACAUGGCGGAUAAGGACGGUGCCGAACCGGUGACUGCUUCAACAAAUAACCCACUGUCGAGAAAACUUAACAAAAUUCUCGAAACCCGACUUGACAAUGACAAGGACAUGCUGGAAGCCUUGAAAGCUUUAUCAACGUUUUUCACUGAAAACAGUUUGCGCAGCCGUCGAAAUCUUCGGAGUGAUAUUGAGAAAAGAAGUCUUGCUAUCAAUGAAGAAUUCCUUACUGCUUUCCAGGCUGUGAAAGAGCAACUGGACAGUGUUUACUCUGAUGUUCAAGCAAUGAAUGAAUGUUGUCUGGAUAUGACAAGUCGUCUUAAGGCAGCUAAAGCUAAGACACACCAUCUGAUUAGCCAGACCACGUCUUUGCAUCAUGAAAGUCAACGGCUUCAAGUCAAGGAGCAAGUAGCCAAUGCGUUCCUUGACAAGUUUCAGCUAAAACAGGAUGAAAUGAAAUCUCUCCGUGGCAGCAAGGAUGGAACUCUACACGUGGAUUUUUUCAAAGCCUUGGCCAGAGUCAAACAGAUCCACAGUGACUGCAAGUUUCUGUUGCGUACAAAUCAUCAAACAGCUGGACUUGAAAUCAUGGAGUCGAUGGCCCUACAUCAAGAAUCUGCCUACGAACGCUUGUACAGAUGGACUCAAAAUCAAUGCCGCCUGGUGACUCAAGAUACACCCGACGUAAGCCCCAUGCUGUGUCAGGCUGUGGAAGCUCUUCAAGACAGACCAGUUUUGCUCAAAUACUCUCUAGAUGAGUUUGGCAAGGCAAGAAGGAGUUCAGUUGUCAGAGGCUUUAUUGAUGCUCUGACUCGUGGGGGGCCAGGUGGAACUCCCAGACCCAUCGAGCUUCAUUCCCAUGACCCUCUGCGAUAUGUGGGCGACAUGUUGGCCUGGUUGCACCAGGCAUCAGCCUCAGAGAAGGAAUAUUUGCAGUCGCUUCUCAAAGGCUGCACAGCUUCUAACAUUCAAAUGGAUGAGGUUUUGGGAAACAUCACAGAGGGUGUCUGUACCCCUUUCAAGGUGCGAGUGGAGCAAGUCCUCGUGUCUGAGCAAGACCCGGUCACCCUGUACAAGUUGGACAAUCUUCUGAAGUUCUACCACCACACUAUCGGUCAAAUUGUGAACACAGAGGCAGCCUUGCUGUCAACAGUGGCUGAAAUUCAGGACUUAAGUCACCGCAUGUUCUUCAACAGUUUAACCGGGCAUGCCAACAGGUUAUUAGACAAGGUGGAGCUUCCUCCGUCGGAUCUGGGCCCGACGUCUUCCCUGACUCAGACUCUGCAGCUGUUGAGGGACGUCCUUGCCUGCCAUGAUGCUUCUGUAGUUCCCAUUGAUGAUAAGAAACAGGAUUACAAACAGAUAUUGGCCUGUGUGAUAGACCCGUUACUACAGAUGUGUUCCAUGUCUGCCAGUCGACUUAGUGCCAUUGAUAUGGCAGCUUAUAUGGUGAACUGCAUCCAUUUGAUGAACACAACACUCGCACUCUACGAAUUUACAGACACAAGAUUAGAAAUGCUGAAUGCUCAGACUGAUGCUCACGUGGACACCUUGAUCAGUGAGCAAGCUUCCUACAUUUUGAACCGUGUUGGCCUGGCCCAGAUGUACGGAGCCAUUCAACAACAUCAAACGGGGCAGGGACCUCUGUCAUCAUUACCAGGACUAGAUGAGCUGGCUAUUAAAUCUGCUGUGAACAAGUUUGACAGUUACCUGGCCCAACCUGACAGUCUCACUCUCCCCCAGUGUAGCCUGAUUCUAGGUGUAACAGUGAGGGAAACGGCAAAGAAGAGAUCAGUGGAACUGGUGUGUGAAGCUUACAAACAAAUCUUCAACGCCAUUCUGGAUCCUGAAAAUGGUUACAAAGAUGGGAAGAGUAUUGUGCCUAGGACACCCGACCAAGUGACUCAUCUUUUGAACUAAAAUCCUCAUUAUGCUACUGUAGCGUACUGCCUCUGCUGUGUGUACUUGCAGUAUGACAUGUGGGUGAUUGGCAUGUGCUCUGCUGUGAUUUUCUCCUUCUUUCCUAUCAAACAUCUAUCGUCCUUAUCUCACCUCCUUCUUUAAUGUGAUUGUUACUCUCUUGUACAUGUAACACCUCUAAUCUUCAGCACUUGUAUGACCUAAUUGGGUUGCAAGUGCUGUAAGAUGCGUACUAAAUCAAACAAAAAACCUCCAAAAACAGGAGUAUGACCUAUGAUGUACAUAUGUACUUCAUUGUCCUCAAGUCCCAGGAACGCUUCCUGUAGGUAACUCAGCUGCUGCAGACAUGCUUUUGGGUCUAAAAAGGUGCUGUACCAUAAAAACAAAGGUCCACUGUGUUUGUCAAACUAUGAACAUUCUUCUUUUUCUUCUCCUUCAUUUUUAUAUAUUGACAUCCCAGUAUCUUGUGUGAAGGCUGCUGAACACUGCAGGUCCUCCAGGCUCCGGUAGAGUUUUGGGGUUUCUUGCUUAGGGUCGGGCUAAUACUUCAUUCUAAGUGCUUUAUGCACUUGGCAGGCUUGUUUUAUAGUUUCCUGUUCAGUUGCCGGUUCCACACAGACACUUCUCCGAGUUGCCGACCCCACUAUGAACAGUCACAGACAGGGUUUUCUUUACGAAAGAUUAGAACGUAUAAGGGCCUGAGAUGCAAAACCCACUACAUCCAUUUUAGCACUUUUGAGAAAAUCAGCUUUUUUUUAUGCUGCUAUACGCACGAACAUGCGUAAAAAGAAGAUUUUUGGGUGGCUUUUAUGAAGUAUGUGUUGGAUUUUGGCCGAAAACACUUUGUGCAUCUAAUAGCCGGUAAUAAUGUGCAUAAAGUUAUAAGCAUAAAAAUCUCGAUUUUUUCCAAAAUGUCACUUGACAGGUUUUGCAUCUCACCCCCUUAUAUAUCAACUGUUUAGUGUAAGACUUCACCAUACAGCAUUUUGAAAAGUGGGGUAUUACAGAGUCUUUAACUAAGUAGUCGAAAUAAUGUACUUGGGGUUUUUUUUCUAAGAGUUUGUUGUGGCAGAGCAGAAUAGUCGUAGUCUCUGGGUUUUUAUGUACAGUUCUUAAAGAAAGAAUUAUGUACCUGUCAUCUGGACAUUUUGUAGUAUAUGAUGAGAGCUGAGAAAUGAACUGAAGAGACUUGUAUCAGGAAAGACUGAUGUUUGACAAAAAUGAAUUACAAGACUUUCUUUUUUUUUUUUUUCAUCUUCAUUAUUCUCAGCCAACAUGCUCUGGAAAGUGAAAAAGAAAAUUGAAAGAUAGCUUGAUAUACUGAAAGUAUGAAACUGUAUGAAAGUUGUCGGUUUUGUUGUUGUGGAUAUUUGAUGGUAUGGUUUGACAUUACUGUUACUCGUUUAACUGUGAUUUUGUAUAAUUCGAUUUGUACUUGUAGGUGCUGAAAUAAUGUAAACAUAUUUUGUUAUUCUAUUGUGUUCAACAAUGACCAUGAUAGUCUUUGACAUAUAUACAUACUUGUAUUGGGAAUGUGGUUAGUCUUAAGACCAGCCAAAGUGGGUAUUUUCUUGAAUAAAAGAUUUAAACAAGAGAA